GCCAUCAUCAAAGUAUAUUUAUAAUAUAUUAAUCCUAACACGGUUUUUUAAUAUGCACAUGAAAAACAUGUGUACUUGUCUGUAUUUUAGUGAAAUCUCAGAAAGCGUGGUUUGAACAAUGGACCUAAAAUGAUGGAUGAAUCCAGCAGGCUUAACAGCGUUGGUGAUAUUGGUGUAGCUCUUGCGGAGGAAGCAAGAAGAAUUGGACAGCAAUUAAAAGUGAAUUCUCAAUCUGCGAAGUAUUCUAACCUCGACAGACCUAAAUCUGUUCCGCGGACGUCUAACUUCACUGAAAACUCGCCACGCGAGACGGGAAAUUCUGUUCGUGGUGUUGCGCAAGAGAACCAAAGGGAAAAUGCUGACAUGAGCCAGGAGGAUGAUUUCGGCCAGGAGAAUAACUCCUUAACGGAUGGUAUCUUAAUGGAACAAUUGGCUGGAAUACAAGGUGCAAUUGAAGCGAUGGAAAAUCCUGGUUUGAAUGACGAUGAAGAAGAUAGUUUGUCAUUACUGAUGAAUGUAAUGGAGUCGGGGGAUUUAGGAAAUCUUAGCGAUAUGCCAUGGAAUCUCGUAUGAAUCUAAAAGAUUUAUUUUAGUAAAUUGGUGAAUAUCAUUUAGUAUCGAUCACAUGACGAAGGUAGAAUUUAAAGACGGUUUUUCUCACACGAUACCGCGAGUAAUGACGGGUUAAGCUAAACUUGAACUUCGAUUCUUAGGAGUCUAACUCUUAGACCUGUCAUGGGGAAUCUUUUAUUUGCUGAAUUCAUUAGAAAUUUAGAUAAUGGUAGAUCUCAACUCGUUAUCUAUUGUUUAUAAUGAGUUUUGUUAGUUUGCAAAAAGUUCAAAUCCUUAAUUCAAAAAAGUCAUGUU